AUGAAGCUUGCAGCUUUUAUUUCAGGCUCUCUUGCCUCCUUGGUCCGUCAGGACAACUCUAUCAAAAGUUGGGCAGACAACUUGAAGGUUGACUACAAAGUGCUCAAUAACUUCGUCAAAUCAUCGAACAUAAUGAUUUUCAACGAGGUAAACACAGAAAUUAACAAACCCGUUGACAUUGGCCAAGGCUUGAACGUUCAACACGUGAAUGGAUAUCUCUGGAAAUUCGUGAAAAAUGAUAACUGGAAUAAUCUGAAGACAGGCGAAGAACGAACGUGGAAUCUACAGGGAGACGGCUGGAUUGUUGCGGAUAGUACCCUGUUCCCUAACUGGUAUUUUGCGUGUGAAGAUGAUUCAUGUGACCCAGCUACGAUCAACUCUACAGUAUCUGUUACCUGGAACAAACCUGAUUACGUCCAUGAUUUUCUGGAGGACAAUCAGCGUUACAGAUACGAGCGCGAUCAAGCAGCAACCAUCACUCCAUUGUCUCAGUGGGAAAACAACGAUGGCUUGAAACUCAAGAAUGAGAACGGUUACGAGGUGACAAAACCCUAUUACUCUCUCCCAGUCUUGCCACUGCCUUCAUUUGUUGAGAUGAAUCCCAAUAAUCUCCAGCUUAUCGAUGGAGUACCGCAACCAUCAGCUGGUAUUAAGAUAAAUCUCAACUAUUGGGAGCUUAAAUACACCGAAGAUCCUGGAUACCUUCAGCAUCAGGAUAUUCCCCGAUGUUCUGAUGAUCAAAGGCCAUGUACUUGCAAAAUACCGGGGACAGAAACUCAACCAGAUGAAGAUUGUGACUGCCCCUUUCUAACAGAUUAUCAGGAACGUGGUGGAAAUUGUCCUGAAGGAGGUUGCCCAAGUUUGUCUAUCGUUGUCGGCACAAACGUCGAAGAUCUUGCUUGGAGAGCAUCAAUGGAUACUGCAUCUGCUACCCUUUUUAUAAAAGAUUGUGAGAGCAUCAAGGGCGCCACGGAUUUUUUCAGCAAACUUGUUCAAAAACUCAACUCCAGAUCCGAAUAUUAUGACAAAGACGCCAUGCUUUUCAAAGGCAUAUUUGGUGACAAACCCAAACCACAGAUGGAAACACGUGCUGUCUUCUUGGAUCACUCACGUCACUUCCAUGGAGUAGAGCCUGUCAAAAAACUGCUCAAGCACAUGUCAAUGCUAAAUUUGAACCAACUUCACAUGCGAAUGUCUGAUGAUGAAGGCUGGCGAAUAGAAGUAACCGACAUUCCUGAAUUAGGAAAAAUAGGUGGAAGCAGAUGUCAUGAUCUGAAAGGCGAUCAAUGUAUAAUGCCUCAACUUGGUUCCGGACCAGAAAAAGGAGGUGGAGCAGGAUCAGGCUACAUCACUAGAGCUCAAUAUAAAGAAAUUUUGAAAAUUGCGACGGAGUAUGGCAUUCGAAUCGUUCCUGAAAUCGUUGCGCCAGGUCACAAUGCCGCUGCAAUUCAGGCAAUGCACUGGUAUGAGAAGAAUAACAAUGACCCUCAGUAUCGACUGACUGACCCGGAUCAAGAGGAAAGUGGUUUUAGCGUUCAAGGAUUCUAUGAUAACGUCAUGAACCCGUGCAUGGACUCCACAUUCAAAUUCUUACAAAAGAUCGUUGGACAAUUCAAAGAAGAUCACGAACAGUACAAGCACAUCCAGAAUCAUUUUCACAUUGGAGGAGAUGAGACCAACGUUGGUCUUAUCAAGGGAAGCCCAAUUUGCCAACAAAAAAUGAAAGACGACGGUCUAGACUUUAAAAAUGAUGAUGAUGUGAACGCUUAUUUCCACAAAUUUUUUCUAAAAUAUGUGAAAAUGGUUGGAGAGGCUGGAUUUCAUGUACACGGAUGGGAAGAAGUCUGGGAAUAUGAAGAGAGCCCAGAUAUUUUCAAGAUUUACGAUAAAUCUGAGUGGGAUGUCCCAGCGGGCAUCGACCUGUAUGCAUAUCACUGGAACAACAUGUGGCUGAUGGGAGACGGUCCAACAACUGGACACAUGAUGGCGAACGCCGGCUAUAAACUGAUUAUGAGUCCCGCCACGCACUUGUACUUAGAUCACGCACAAUAUGAACAUCCACACUCAAGGGGUCUAAUGUGGGCCACUAGAUCAUCAAACUUGACCAAAGUCUUCAGCUUCCGGCCUUUUGACUUCUAUAGGAACGGUCUUACCUAUAUUGACGGAAAUAAGAUUGAUAAUGGAUGCGAACCAGGAACCACUGAAAAUGGCGAUUCAUGGGAUUGCUAUCCGUUGACAGAAGAAGGUCGCAAAAAUGUCGUAGGAAUGGAAGCUUGUCUCUGGUCAGAAGAAGUGGUCGAAGAAAAGCACAUUUGGGAGCAGAUGUUCCCACGCGUAUUUGCUCUGGCUCAACGAUCAUGGGCGGAGACGACUUGGGAAGAAACCACUGGAUCAUCUUGGGAUAUUUUCAAAAAUACAACAUUCAAGGCUGAUUGGCUUCGUUUUCGAUAUGCUCUUCAGUUCAAACUUAGAGAGCUUGAACAAGAUGGUAUGUGGUACGAUCUACCCAAGCCUGGAAUGAAAGAAGUCGAUUCUAACUCGUGGUCAUUUAACAAUCUUUACUACCACAAUCCAGUCAUGUUCCGAAAUCCAAAUAGCACAGAUGAUAGUUGGAAACCAUAUUCGAUUGUCAAAGAGGAAAUCAAGGACAAUGAUGAGGAGAAUCGUAACGUAGAGAUUGUCACGACAUCUUUCUCUAAGUUUAGCUCCGGUCAACCCAGAAUGACUUCGCAGCCAUAUCAAGUGACAAUGAACAAAUCUUCUGCAGCAGUUCUUCUUCCCUCCCUUUUGGUCGCCCUUAUAUUUUUCCUUCACUAA